AGGGAGCCCCUCCAGCGCAGGCGCCUUUCGGCCCUGGAGGCGGAACCUUCCCUUAAGUCCCCUCCACUCUCGCGGCCCAGAGCGACCCCGGCGGCCGCGCGUGCGCGUUCGCGCCCGAGAGCAGCAAGCGCUUCCGGAGAGAAAGGUCACGGGGGCACAAUGCGCUUGGGUCCGGAUGUUUUCCACCUGCUCGCUUCUACGCGCAUUUGGGAUGGUGAAACCAACAGCUGCCUCUCUUUGGGCCCUGUGGACCCAGCUGUGUCUCCCAAGGAGUCCUGGGUACAAUGUGAGGGAGAGCAGACCCCUGCUGGCUACACGAGGGACUGUCCCGGGGCUCUUCCAAUGGCUCCUUCCCACUGCUCUUUCAGGGAAAGGGGCAGUGGGUGGCCAGGAGGACCUCACAGGCUUCUCAGGUCCAGAGACCCAAGCACCUCAGCAGCAAGAAGAGGCAAGACCCCAGAACCACCUGGCGCCUCUGUCUACAGUUUCCUCCCUGGUUGUGAUGCGAGACCAGGCUCCAAGGAUAGGAGUUUUGAGAGUCCACUGAAGAUGGCACCAUCUUCCCACUGCCUGGCUGGAGAGAAAGGCCUUGUGAACACAGGGAGAAAACAGCCACCUGCAAGCCAGAGGAGAGACCUCAUUAGAACGCAACCAUGUGGCAACCUGAUCUGGGACCUUCAGAACAAAGACAAUAAAUUUCUGUUGUUUAAGCCAUUUGGUCUAUGGCAUUUGGUUUUGGCGUCCAAGCAGACGAAGACCACGGGGAAAUAGGUGCCUGCCAAAUUGUUAGAUGGACUGGAAAAGCAGGACUUUAUAAUGAAGCCCCAGAAAGGAUGGUCCAGUAGGAGCCCCUACCUCUGCCGCAGUCGGGGGGAAGGGAGAAUGAAGAGGCUACGGCUGGAACUAAUAUCAUGGAUGCAACCCCAAAGCUCCACAGGAAUCGGUGCCAGGCUUCCACCACCGUCCCAGACACUGAACACUGUGGGUGCUGCCGCAGGAAGACCCCAUCUCCAGGGGCUGGCCUGCCAGCAGAAAUAGCAGAGCAACAAGAAUGCAGUCUCAUCACCCUCCCAACUUUCAAGUCCGGAACAAUGCACUUUGCAUCCAGACCUUUAGCUGCGAGGAAAGCUAAGAGAUGAGUUUCUUGGCUUUCCAACCUCUGCAAGUGCUGGAAGGUACUAGAAGGAGGCGGGAAUGGAUGCUGGGGGCCGGUCCAUCUUGUCCACACACUGGGGCAGUGGGGGUAGAAGUUAAUGCUGGAAAGCUACGUUGGGGUUAGAGUUUGAAAGGUUGUUGAAUGGGUUUGGAGUGGGGGACGGGGCAAGACUGGGCAGCUGCCAAGAUGAAGCAAGGCUCUGAAAGCUAAUCGAGGGCUCUGGAAAGCAGAAAGCUCUGGCGUGUGCAUAAGAAUCACUUGGGGAUUAUCAAUUCUGAUCAUCGGCAGGACCCAGGAAUCUGUAUUUCUAAUAGGAAAAUCCUGCCCCAGUGCCCCUUCUUCUGUGAUUCUGAUGGAUGUGGACCCUAGGCUUUUAGGAACAUUGUCCUGGGACAGGAGCUCUGAUGGGCAAUUCCACAUAGUACAGUGAGCUCUGAAAAGGUUCCAUUUGUCUGGGGCACAGUUAGCCCAGUUAGCGCCUUCUUCUCCUUCCUGAGAGCUAGUUCUAAAGACCGGAUGCUUGAACCCUGAAAAAUACCAGUGAUAGUGGGAGUGCAGGGGCAGGGGGCUCUGCUGGAACCCAGGAGUCUAGGGAUUUAACGCAUCCCCCACCCCCGAAAAAAACCACCCAGGAAGAACUAGGUGGUCAGUCAGUGACAAGCACAAGCAUCUCUUGGAGCUGUGGCUCACUGUGUUCUCCCUGCAGCCCCCGGCACUGGUGUUCAGGACCUUUGGGACCCUAUUUUGAUAGCAGAGGUCAGACAGUGCCUUAAACCCUGGGGGGUUCAAGGAUUUGACAGAAAAGGAGCAAGCUGAAACAGAAACAGGGGACAGGAGA